AUGUGGAGUAGCAAUAAUUUUAAUAAAGAUUUCAUGACUACGUUAAAUGAAGGUACCUGGGAGCAUUUCGUAUUACACCCAUUAUUUGAUAUUUUGAUGUUAAGUCUAGAUAAAUGCAUGUUACGCUGGGGAGAAAGUACAUCAAGUACAUCAAAGUAUCGGAAGAGUGAAAAUAUAAAAUUUGAGAAGGAAACUCGUGAACAGUUUGAUCAGAUAAUGGCACCGUUUCUCACGUCUUCACAAGCAAAGAAAGAAGAUACCUGGAUUGAGAUGAUGAUUGCAAAAAAUCUCCAUGAAAUUGUAUUUGCUGAAAUAUCUGGGUCACCCUUUCAAGCUACAUGUACUACUAAAAAG